CCCUCGGGGAGCUGCGGGCAGCGCCGCGCUGCCUCGGCGUGCCGUGGGGCCGGGCCGCUGCUGCAGGAGGGAGCAGCGCCGGGCCGGGCCGCUGCUGCAGGAGGGAGCAGCGCCGCGCUGCCUGGCGGGCCCGUUUCUCUGGGAGCAGCGCUGAGCCUUUUGCUUCGUUACCCGGUUGCCUGUUCCGUAGGCAGUGUUGGAAUGACCGUCUUACGUAUUUUUAAAUGCCGACUUAGUAUUUCUUGUCAACAUCUGUACAUUUGAGGUCUUGUUCCUUCUAUUAAGGUAGCAUUAGCUAAAACAGUAUUUAAGAACAGAUGUAUGUGGUGAGGUACUAGCAUGUAUGUAUUUUUCCCUUGCACGGUUUUCUGAUUUUCCAAUAAUUAACUGUAUAUAUUUUUUUCUUCUACAGCAUUUCCCUAGUGUAUGGAUCACUCUGGAUGUGGGAAAAAGCCUAAGGAGGCUGUUUACUGCUAGGUUUAUGUUGAAGCGUUUGAAUGCUACUUGGCAUUGAAGGAAGGGCAGCAGCCAGGACAGUGCCAGCCAGUUAGCUGGAGCCAUGUCCGUGAGCCCUUCGCUUCCGCUGCCUGGGGUUAGAGACCAAGACUCUGCCUACACCAAGUCUCUUCCUGAAAUCUUGCAUCUGUUAGCUGUAGCUACAAUAAAUGUUAGUUUAGGGUAUAUCUUCCCAUACUAACUUACUUCCUUUCAAAGGCCUAAAAGGUCUCAGCAGCAAGAUACUUAGUCCCUCUACCUUACAGUACUCCCAUCAAAACAUUUAAUAUUAGGACAUUUAAGAUAAGUCUGACCGUAGAAGAAGCUUUUAGAUCAGCUCAUUAAUCAUGUUGCAGACUAGUUUAUUUCACAGCUUCAUGCAUUUCAGCUUCAUUUGCCUUAGUCUGUAUUAGGCUAUUUGCAGGAAAGACUCUUGCAUUUGCCCCCACAGGAGAUGGAAUUGUAAUUCUGCCUAGCAUGUAUGGCCUGUGACGUAGGAACAGUUACCAGGUGACAUCAACAACGUCUCUUUAAUGUCACACUUAACUGGAAUAUGUUUUUGUGGCCAAACUAGUAAUUUUUUCAUGCUCCGUGAUUUGAAUAUUAAUAGUUAUACCUGGAGAUAAAGAAAAAAAAUAAUACUCUGAUGUCAUCUUUCAUAAGGAAUGCACACAUACCUAAUAACAUGGUUAAUGUAAAUGCGUGUGACUUUCUUCUCAGACUUUUGUUUUUUCAUCCUUCCUUUUCAAUUUUCCUUUGAAGGAGAGAAGACUUAUGAUUUGCAAGAAGUUUAUUCUCAAGCGUCCCUUUAGGCUUUAAAUUGAGAAAAGAUGUUCACUGUAGUGUAAUCACUGUUCUAUGACUUACUUACUGGAGUUCUUAACUGAUUUUGUUUCACUAGAUACUAAAACCGUUACUGUGUCACAAGACAAGCUCACUGUUAUCAAAAGCCUUCUUGCCGUAUAAAUUCGCCACCUCUUUCCCGCUCUCUGUCUUCUGCCCUGUUAUCUCUGCAGUUCAUCAGAUCUUUUCAUAAACCAGCUUAACUCCCUAGAGUAGCAGAAAAAAAUCAGAGUUUUCUGCUGCUUCAUGAGUUCAGUUAGCUUAGGGAAAGUCUUGACAAGGAAGUGAGCUGUGGGAUUGGUGACGGAGUGCGAAAGAGGAGAAAAAAGAUGCAAGACUUCCCUGUUAUGUAGCAAUUACCUGUUGGAUCGUCAGUUACCCGAGGAGCCAUAACUUUAGCCUAGUAAUUAUACCUGGUCGGUGGCAUAUUUUGCAUUACGUUUUGCAAGCGUCCAAUGUAAAAGAAGGCAAAGUAGCAUAAAUGUUUUAAAACAUGAUCCAGUAAGCUUGAGAGCGUGUUCCUAUGUACUUUCUGAUAUGUAAUGCUGAUGUUACAUGCUGCUACAAUGGGUCGUGUUAGUAGUUCAUAAAGCAGUCUUUUAUUUUUUUUUCUUGGCAAUUCUCUUAUUUCUUAUACAUUUUACAAAGACCACAAAUAGCUUACUGUACUUUUACACGCACUGAAAUGUACAGCUAGGUCACUUAGUACCAUUCUGUAUACCUAGUACUGGCAUCCCCAUUUUAUUUGCUGAUUCUUUGUAUGUCUCUGAAAUAAAGAGUCGAAUAAGAAUGUAAUUAACAUUUACAAAAGUAUUAAGCCCAAUAAAUGGUAUGGGCUUCAACAUUAUAAUACUGUUGCUGGGUGAUUAUAUUUGGGGAGGUAUUGUACAUCUCAAAACAGUGUUUAAGCUUAAAAGGAAGGGCAGAACUAACAGAUAGGGAACAUGGAAAAAAUUGGAAAAAUACCUGCUUUCCUUUUGAGAGGAAUGACAGAGUAAGCAGUGACUUAUACAGCAAUAAAUAUCACUCUUUAUAAAAUCAAGAAAUACUUAAAAAGAAAUAACUUGUAGGUUGUUAGUGUUACUAAUAUGCAUUUAAAUACAUGCAUUUAAAUACAGGCAGAUAAUUUGUAUUUGUGCAAUGAGAAAUCACUUAAAUACGUUAGGUCUCAUGACUGUAUUUACUCCGGAGAGAUGAGACUGCUCCAGGCCAAGGAAUUGCCUAAAAGUUCCCUGAACAAAUUACAAACAUCUCAUUAGCUAGAGCCUGGAGAACAAUGUCAUUCUGUAUUUUAGAGUGGUUGAUAUUUGCAUAAGUUUAAUAUUACAUUAAAAAGUCAAAUUCUGAACUAGAUUAAAUAUGCGAUAACAGAGUUGAUACACUGUGAUAGUGCGAUUGGCACUGUGUGAAAAAUUAGAGAACUUGGCUUUCCUUCAUAGUGCAGUACAAUUACACACUUGGAGCUAAUUCUUUAGUUUUUACCUUGAGUGAGCCUGGGAUCAUGUUGUUUAUUGUACACCUUCCAGCUGUACUCUAAAAACUAAUCAUGCUCUCUAAGGACGUUCGUAUGGAUUGAUACUUUUUUUCUUACCUUCCAUUAUAACUGUUAGUUUUAGAAGUCCCAGUAUACUACCUCUUCAUCUUGCAGCCUGCCUGUUCUGAAAAGAGCUUCUAUACAUGUUGAAAGUAUUAGUAGGACAUGUCAUCAACUUAAGUUGUCUUUGGGGUUUGAUAUGAAAUAAUGAGUUAUUACAGUUUGCUACUGUACUUUUUUAUUAAUACUCUGUCCAUUUUUAACAGUCUGUCCAGUUCUGUAGGGUCUCUUCUUGCUUAGUAUUAUAAAGGGGCCAUUUUAACAGUCUGUCCAGUUCUGUAGGGUGUCUUCUUGCUUAAUAUUAUAAAUGGAUUUGGUUGAACCUGAUCUGUGCACGUCUCCAAAAAUGCCAUGGGAUAUUGAGUUCUUGAUUCAAAAGGAAUUGUCUUUUAAUCUGAGUCAGUGCUAUAGUGCAGGAAUUGCGGAGCAUUGGGCUGUAGGAGAGGUUCUUGUUCAGUGAAAAAGAAAGUAUUGGCUGCUCAAGGAAAGAUAUUAACUUUGAUGACUUUGCUGCUUUUCAACUUAAUUACAUUUCACCUACCUUAACUUCCCCCUAAAUCUUGAAGAGAUGUAUAUUUAUUCUGGUUAGCUUCAUCUGAAGUCAACGGUAUAGAUUUGGGUCCAUAUAGUUCUAAACCUCUGUGUUCUUCUGACUCAUGUAGUUACCUUCAGAGCCAGAGAAAGAAUUGACUUAUACAGGUUUAAAGACCUGUCUUCUGAUGUGUAUGUAGUCUAUACUGGAGUCUUCCUACACAGAUGUGUGUGUAGGUAUAUACAUAUGUUACUUAAGUGAACAACAACAUACGUGAAUCAGAAGGCAAAAUUUGGCCCUGAAUUUGAGAAAUCAUAUGAAACGAAAUAUGCAGUGUCAUGAACAAAAUAUGAAAUAGAUUGAUGUAGCAGUAAUACUGUGGAAGAGCUUGCUAGGAAGUCCGUAGUGUUGUUAGAAUGACUAGGUUGUGAGAAGUUUCCAAAUAGUGACACUAGCAGCAGGAUGCCCUUCUGUAGUUAGAAAUUGCUCCAUUUGCAGGAUGAGCUUUUUAUAGUUAGUGUACUAAAUUCACUUUUCUGAAAGCUACAGUAGUUCUUUAAUGUUCUUCACCAGCUAAGCUGUAACUAUUUGGCAUCUUAACUGUAGGCAUUUUUAAAGAAAAUAUCAGUCAGAAACUUUCUGAUUGAGGGUAAGAUGCAGUAAGUUAAGAUGUACAGGCAAGACAUCUACGUUUCUGCUAAGUAUAAUGCACUUGGAAAAUAAAUGAGACCUUGCAGUGUGCAAAGAAUACGUAGAUUUGAAAAUUCAAGGUCUGAAGCUGCUGAAUCUGUAUAUGACUUAAAGUUCUGAGUUUGUCAUCUCCACCAGAAAAUAAGUAUGUUCGGUCAAGAAAGUGUACUUCUGAAUUCAUUCUCACAGAAAAUACAGAUUACAUUACUGUUGGUAUAUUUUUAUUCAAAAUUUAAUCAAUUUUUUUCUUUAAUUGUUGUAUUCACUUCUUAUUUUUCAGGGUUCUUUGAAAAUUCCUUAGUGGUCUUGACAUUGUUACAAGUGACAUAAAUUAGCCAGUGGCUCAGAAUGAUGGAUACCCAGAAGACUACAAAUGGUUUGCAAGUGAUUGGACAAGGGACUGGUAUAGGGAUAUCGACACUCCACAUGGUGGGGUAUUUGGGAAAAAACUGUAGUCCUGUGGAAGUAACUACAAGUGAGUAUUGCCCAGUCUGCAAAGAGAAAGACCAGACACAAGCUUUACGGACUUACCGCAUUAAUUUUCAAGAGUCCAUUUUCCUUUGUGAAAAUCCUCAGUGUAUCUACCCACUUGGUUAUAAACCAUUAAACAGCAUAAUUAUUUCUGCUGAUUCAGAAAAACAUCAGAUUCCAUGUACUGAUAAGAAAAGGAAAUUGUGUGAUAUUAGUGACUUUUCUCCUAUUGAAUCACAUCCAAAACAGGCAAGGACUAAUAAUGGGAUAAAUGUUGAGCAGCCUAUUAAUGCAAAUCCUGCCAUCAAAUACUGUGAGAAUAGUUUAUAUACUCCCAGGCCAAGACUACUUGAUGAAUUACAGAAUGACCAGCAAAAGACUGGUAGCGAAGCGGAGUCCCUCACGCAGAAGGUGGACAUUGAAACAACCAACAGAGCCAGCAGUUAUCAAGCAAGCCCUUCUAAGACUUCUUCAGCCAGAACACAGCUCUUACCGAAUUCUGAACUUUGCUUGACAGCAUCUGAAAUUUUGCUCACAGAUGAUAAAGGUUCUACUAAUAGCACAGAUUUAUGUCUUCAGUGGAGGAACGUGUAUGCUCUUUGUUGGUUAAACUGUAUUUUGUCAGCACUGGUACACUUAGAAACAUUAAAGUUUGCUCUAACAGAAGAAUACACUGAAGAAAAAUGUGUACUCCAGGGACUCCUUACAAAAUAUAAUCAAGCAACCGCACUUCUGAAUACCUGUAGAAGAAGUAAGGUAAAAGAUGUUCUUCCAAAAGCAGAAUCAUAUCUCAAUGAAAUCAGAAAUAGAAUUUUUACAAAGCUUCAGCCUCAGCUUGGGUGUAAAUUGGGUGAGGAGGAAAGUCCGGUGUUUGCACUCCCUCUACUUUUACGACAGGAUCACCAAGCUGAGAAACUAUUCCUGCAUUCAUUUUCUUGGAAGUUUGAGUGUUUAUGUUGUGGCUACAAAUACCAGGACCGAUGUAGGAAAACAUUAACAACUUUCACAAAUACAAUCCCCGAUUGGCAUCCGCUUAAUGCUAUUCAUGUUGGUCCGUGUAAUAACUGUAAUGAUACAUCUCAAAGAAGACAGAUGAUUAUGGAAAAAGUACCCGCCAUAUUAAUGUUGCAUUUUGUCGAAGGCUUGCCACAUAACAACCUGAAGAAUUACUCAUUUCAGUUUGAAGGAGAUUCCUACCAAAUAACAUCUGUUGUUCAGUAUCAGACAGUCAAGAGACACUUCGUAACCUGGUCUUUGAAUCCUGAUGGAACUUGGCUUGAAUGUGAUGAUUUAAAGGGUCCAUAUUGCAAGAGACGUAAAAGAUUUGAAGUUCCUCCGUCAGAGAUUUUUAUUGUCUUCUGGGAAAAGAAAACAUCUCAUGUGCCAGAAGAACUGAAUUCACAGUUCCAGAGUAAAAAUAUUGAAGAUUUUCCUCUUAACAAUGUACAAUCAAAUUCCACAGUUUUGCACUGUGGUUUUGAAAACGCUGUAGACAAAAUACUUGCAGAACAUCACAAAGAGGAUUCUGUGAGAAUUCCAGAUAAGAAACAGCAGCAGGUAGCUGAAGAUGAAAGUAGUGCUCAUCGUGGUUUAGAAAAUCUGGCACAUGAUGAUGUUAUAACUCUGACACUUGUAGAAAUUCAAGUUGACUCAGAAGCUAAAUCACUGGAGAACAGACAGAUGGUGGGAAAUAACCUUGUUGUUGAGACGAACACGCUGCGACAGCAGGAAUCAACUUGUUCACCUAACACUCCACAUACAGGAGAGGUUGUUGGAACUAGUCUAGCUAUGAAUAAUAAAUACACGUUAUCUGAAGAUCGCAGCAUUUGCUUACCUCUAGAAGAGAGAAACCCAGCAAAUAUUACUCUUCCUGUGCCUAAAAAACAGGAUCCUUGUCCAUCUUAUUCACCACUUACUCAAAGAACAGAUGACAGAGCGAAUUUAUUUAACACAGAAAAUAGUACUAGCUUAAUUUCAGAACUACAGCUUAACAAGAAUUUGUCACCAGCAGAGAAUAUUACACGAAGAUCACCUGACUUGAAAGAUGCAAGCAAAAUAGUAGUUGAUUCUCAGAUUGGAAAUUCUGCUGCCAAUAAUCCUUUUCAGCCUUCACACAAAGACCAAAAAAGAGGAUUUGUAGGAAGCUGGGUAAAGAAAUUAUUAAGCAAGAAUACUUCUUUUAUGCCUUCAAGUGCCUCAGCUCUUAAAAAUGAGAGAAAUUGCAAAACUCCCUCAGUGCAAAAAAUAAGUGAUGUGCGGUUGCCAAUUAAGGGAGCAAGUAACUUUGAUGGAUUUCAAGGCAGAGGUACAAACAAAAUGACUGAGACCCCUAAAUCAGCAGUUCCUCAAAGUAAAAAUAUUCAUCCUUUGUCAGAUUUCAAAGGAUUUUCUGCAGAUGUUCAUCUUCCUACAACAAAUCAUAUUGCAAAUGGAGGUCCAACCUGGAGAAAGUCAAGAAGUGUAUUGAGUACCUCAGGUAAAGUAAUUCAGCUUAAUUCAUCCAGCUGUAAUUCUGGGGAGGUAAAAGAGUCAGAUACUGAUAAAACAAAAAAACUUCGACAAAAACUGUUAAAAAAACUUAACGCUAAAAAGAAGAAAUUAGCUUCACUGGAUCGGCUAGCAGUGGAACAAAUGAAACAUGAAAGACCUGUGAACGGAGGUGGAAGCACCCCAUCACAUUUUGAAUCUCAUAACGAUAGUGAAUUAUUACAGACGUUUUUAAGGGAACUGCAGCAUCAGAUUGAUGUUGCAGAUAAUGAAUCUGAUGCAAACUCUGUAUCAAUGUGCACUGGCCAUGAUGCUAAUAAUGAAAUAUUAGCAGAAUUACUGUCCCCUACUUCAGCUGUUGCUUCCUUAGAGGUUCCAAAAGGUGAAGAUGAAUGUAUGUAUUUGGAAAUGGUGGACAGCAAUGUUGCACCAGCUGUGCCUGCUGAGAUGACCAGUGUGUCACAUGUAACAGUGCCAUGUGAAGACCACAAUUACUACAGUCCUGUAAAGGACAGUAAUUCUGAAGUUCAUACAAUGAACAAAUCCAGCAUGAAAAAACUUGCUUUUGAAAGUCCUACAAGUGAAGAUAUCCUUGAAGACCUAUUCUCCAUUUCAGCACCAAGCUCAAUAGCAGGCGAUAUAGAUUUACCUCAUUUUGAUGAAACUCUGUUUGAAACUUGGUGAAUAUUCAGUUUCUUAUUUUUAGUAUUUUUCAAUAUUAUGUAUAUUUUGAAACAAAGCACUAUUUAAAUUAUAUUUUCUAACUUGUUUAAUUGCACACUGGCUGUACUUGAACAAUUUACAUUUGAGGUAUUUUUUUCUUAAAAUUGCAUUGUAGCAGGCAAAUGUUUUAAUCCAUUUUGUCUGUGAACCAGUUAUUUUAGCUGUAGGAUAUGAGGAUAGUUUUAAUUAAAAGCUCCUAUAAGUCUUUUUUUUUUUUGCUGCUUUUAAUAUGGAAAACUCAUCCAUAUUUUAUUGAGCUUGAAAAAAACAACCUUCAGUAUCCUUGAUGGUGUAAGUAAUACUAUUUAGGAAGUACUGAUUUAUUUUUCAGGAUCUCUGAAUUCCUGAAGUCUUGUUGUCCAACCUAAAAAAAAAAAAAGAAAAAUACGGACUGUAAUCAGGGAUAUUUGCAUCCUUUUAUACAAAGAUAAUUUGCAGCACUAACAAAUCAAGGAUGGUGUUCUGCUAGGCAUUUUACUCUUUUCAGAACUACAGUUCUGCAAGCUCUGUGGUGUGUACACCCUUGCAUCCAAGGAAGGAGGAAUAUAAAGUAGAAAUUUUCCUAUUUAAAGUUAGGACACAUGCUGAGGUUUUCAUUCUGGGUUAACUGAAAAUACAGUUUUGCAGAAUAUACUUCUGAGCCUGCUGAUCUUUUAAGUAAAAUAAAUAGGAUUUGACCCAGAGUUUGCAGCAUUAAGAAAGAAUUAGUACCAAAUGUAACUUUCAUGUAUUCAUUGCUGCAAAUUCACUACUAAAAGAAAAGUUUCCAAGUGUUAAAGUUAACUGUACAUUAGCACCGAUUACUGUUGCUACUAGGAGUUUUUCAUGGAUAGAGCUAUGUACUCCUGUCUGUAUAUAAGAGAAUGCCAGAGAUGAGCAAGGACAGUAGGAAGAAAGUAAUGGAGAAAUGUGGCAAGAGGCAGUGAGUAAGAAGAAGGGAGAAAUAUUUACAUCCUGGUGUUUCCAGAUUUGUGUAUAGCUUUCAUUUGGUUUGAUAGGGAGACUUGCAUGAAUUCGUAUAUACAAAGCUGAGACUAUUAUAUGCUAAAUUAGAUCACCUAAAAUAUUUUUCAUGUACAUGGAAAUAAUAAGUAUUUUAUCAGCAAAUCUGUUUCAGCAGUUUUUAGAGGUACUCUAUUUUUUUCUUAUCCCAAAUUCAAAACGUAAGCCCUUCUGUCAUACUCUUAAACAGGUGCAGUGGAACAUAAUUGUUGUUACAGGUCACGGCUACAGACAUAGAUGGUCUUGAAUAGCUUGAACAGAUUCAAAAAAUGUUUGAAAAAACUGUCAGUGACACUGAACUCACCUUCCCAAACUAUUUCUGUUGCAAUUGUGGGCAUGUUUAUCAAACUUGCACUACAGACAACUUGAGCUCCUCCUUUGUUUUAAAUGUCUUAAUUGAUGUGUUACAAUGGAAAGCAAAUCAAUGGGUUUUGAAUGUAAAGUCCUGGUAUACUGCUGGAGAAAUGUUUGUCUGUAAAUUCCCCUUAUUUAACAAAAAAUGUUGACCAAAGCUAGAGUUUGACUUAUCAGUAAAUAACAUAGGUGCCCCUACAAGAUGUGAGGGGGCAAUAAGAUUUUCCUGCAGUCAUUUCUGUAUAUGCAAACCACUUAAAAGCUGUGUACCGCUAGCUCCUGAACGCUUGUUGCGGAGGUUUCCCUAAGGUGAGGGGAGGCGCUUCCUGAGCGGAUGCCCGCUGAGAUGAGCUGAGUUGCAGUUACUUGGAGCUGAGAAGUGGAAACUCCCUCAGUGGAAGCUCCCUCAGGAACUGCUGGCUCAGGAGGUGGCACAGACCCCAGAGGGAGUGAAGCAGCAAGCCUGGGGCUACUGAGAUGCAGAAUGCGUUGGCCUGUGUGGGGGAGAUCCUACUUUAUUGGGAUGUUGGAGGGGGAGGCUGUUGCAGAUGAGAAGGUCCAGGUGUAAGCAGUAUGAUAAGGUUAAUAGCAGAGAAAAGCGUGGGGGUGCAGCUGCUGGGCAUGUGCCUAGACAGAACAAGGAGUCGCCAUGGUCAACACUGGCAGCCCCCCUGCAAACUCAUGUUAGGAGAACUUGGGCUGCAGCUGUGCAGGGUACAGUAUGGGUGCACAUAUGUAUAAAAUCCCCAAGGGCAUUUAAAUAGUACCUGAGAUUAAAGUGAAUAUGAAACUACUUACGUUACUGGUGCAAGCUUUUUGAUGCGUUGUUCUGAAAUAAUUGUUAAUGAAAGAUGAUGCUGCACAAAUUUGUCUGUUUUCUAAUUGGAUCAGCAUAAUUGUUUUACUCCCACUGAUUCUUUGCAAGUGAGAAUUCAGCUGAGAUUGAAUAAAAACUCCUUCACCAAAGAAA